GUAUCUACUGUCAUUUAUGUCUUUCUUUAAUUUCUUUCAUUCGAUUGAUCGUCGCUGAAUUUUAUUAUGCGACUAUUUCAACUUGUUGUGAUGAACUAGAACAUUCAGUAUUUAUUUAUUUCCUAUUAACACGCUAAAUGGCUAGUGGUGAGUACAAAGAGUAAAAGAACAACUUAAAAUUAUCAACUUGUUGUCCUCGAGUCUAAUGGACCUAUUUCGACAUCUACGUUAUUGAAAACAUUAACCCGAGGAGCUGUAAUGGAAACUAUCUUGAGUGUAUCAACAAGACGGAGAAAAUCAGCAGAGGAAGGAUACAAAUGAAGGUUAAUCGUAUAUAAAAACGUCACUAAAUAGAUAACGAGAGGGAACUGAUUGGUCGUAAAUCGACAGGUUUUAUGUGCGCGUGACGGUGACAUGAGCACAAACAACAAGCGGCGUGGAGCUAGCGGUUCCAGUUGUUCUGUGUCUGGAGUGCCCGCACUAGUGAACGUGCCCACCGCAAUGUCGGCGGACCUAGCGUCGUUGUUCGAAUGUCCGGUUUGUUUUGACUAUGUUUUGCCCCCAAUACUGCAGUGCCAGAGCGGACACCUUGUCUGCUCCAGCUGCCGACCCAAGCUAUCCUGCUGUCCGACUUGUCGCGGCCCUCUCGGCAACAUACGGAACCUUGCUAUGGAAAAAGUCGCUAGUAAUGUAAUGUUCCCGUGUAAACACUCAAAUACUGGUUGCACAGUUACACUGGUGCACACAGAAAAGGCUGAGCACGAAGAGGCUUGCGAGUUCAGACCAUACUCCUGUCCGUGUCCAGGGGCAUCAUGUAAGUGGCAAGGUGGUCUCGACCAAGUAAUGCCACACCUAAUGAUGUCCCACAAAAGCAUAACUACCUUGCAAGGUGAGGACAUAGUGUUCCUCGCCACCGACAUCAAUCUUCCUGGAGCUGUGGACUGGGUAAUGAUGCAGUCAUGCUUCAACCACCACUUCAUGUUAGUACUAGAGAAACAAGAAAAAUUUGAUGGACACCAACAGUUCUUCGCUAUAGUCCAACUCAUAGGCUCUCGCAAGGAAGCUGAGAAUUUUGCGUACAGGCUAGAACUGAAUGGACAUCGAAGGCGUCUCACGUGGGAAGCUAUGCCACGCUCUAUCCACGAAGGUGUCUCUUCUGCUAUCAUGAACUCUGACUGUCUCGUAUUUGACACAUCAUUGGCACAACUGUUUGCAGACAAUGGAAACCUCGGAAUCAAUGUCACAAUUUCUAUUGCCUAAUCACUACUCACAGUCUGUAGUUGUCCUUUAUAAUACCAGCUGCAAUUAUCCAAUAUGUGUUAUGUUGUGUGCCUAGUAUAUUUUUGUGUCAAUAAACUAAUUGAACAAGUUUGUGUAUAAAGUAUUGAUAGAAAAUAAUUUAUGUUAAAAAAAAAUCAAUAUAUAAGUAAUUAUAGUUUUGUUACAGCUGUUUGUAAUAAUUGCCAAUUAUAAUAAUUAAUUUUAAUUGACAUUUUUUUAGUAUUUGUCAACGGAUGAAACCAAAAAUGUUCCUUUUCAUUGUUCAUAGUGUCUGACUGAGCCUUAAAACUCUUGAAGCGUUCUUAAUAAAAUUAUUUCAAAGCAUAUUAAAAUAAAAGCAAUAACUUAGAGUAAAUGUCUGAUUAGUAUUAAAAUUCUUAAGGAAUCUAAAGAUUCUAUAGAUAAUAGAAAAAAAAAGAAACAAAUUCAGUGUAAACACGAAAUUAAUACUUGGUAUUUCCUAUUUACAAAAUAAAGAGGCAAAUAAUAAAAAUAAACAUUAUUAGACAGAUAUUACUAUUUGAAGCCACAUAAUCCCAUAAAAUGAUCAGAGGAAGUCUAUUUUUUUAAUUUUUAACAAUUUUCCUCUUUCCUUUACUCAAUUUUGCAAAUUGCUACUUUGUUAGUUACUCAUGUAUCUCAUAUUGUACCUUAUUGAAAAUUCUCAAAGUCAUCGUUGUUUGCUGACUAAAAAUUUUUAUUUAUUAAUUAAUAUGACUUCUAUUUGAAAUGAUUUAUAUUAUUUAACAUUAUAAUAAAUUAUUAGACAAGGCCAUUAUUGCCUAUAAAUUUUGAUCAUGCCUCACCUCUUAAAGAAAGGCGACGUAUGGAGAGGGGCACAGUAUAAGCAAGUGUCCUAUUACCUUGCUCAUUACAUUAUACAUAUAAAGGGUCAAACCACUACAUUAAGUGCAUAUAUUUUCUGCUGUUAUUGACUUUAAAGGUGGAAACAGGACUCACCCAUAAGCCGCGACUUAUUUGAAUGAUUUACUUUAAACUAGCAAAUAUAAAUAGCUAAUUAGAUUUACUCGCUGAUUGAAAAUUGUAUAUUAAAAUUGACAGAUUAAUAUAAACCUAAUGAAGACACUGUAUAACUGAACUGCAUGAUUCGUAUUUCUGCUGCCAAGCAGCUGUGCUAGAUAGCCGAGUUUCAUAGUAGUGAAAUUAAAGGGCACGAAGGUUUAACACCCUAUUUCUUAGGAAUGGCAACACAGGUGCGUAGUGAGCGUCGCAAUGUGUUUAUUAUGCCCUUGUAUGGCUUCACUAUCCGUAAAUUGAGUAAUUUGCCGCAUUUCGCAACUUGUUUGCCAUUAAAAAAUAAUGCAUUAACUCCCCGAUCCACGCAUCGGCAACCAGGUGCUCUACCAUGAAAUGAAAUUUCGGGCUCAAUUUCGUGUUUUUGUUCGUACCGAAAUCGACCCUGUAAAUGGAGCUUAACAUUUCGUUCAUCAUAAAUCCUAUCCUAAUAGUCCAGAGGAACGAUAUUUAAACAUUUUUAAUAAUUUUAAACGGCAUGUAUUAUGUAAUUUUAACAUCAGAUUUCUGUUUCGUUCGUCCCAGAAAUUUCGGAAAAUAUUUCAUGGUAGGCCCUCAGUAAUAGGUCUUCAGUCGGACAUUUUUUUUUCUGUACAUUGUGUGUUCGUUAGAAUUAAGUAGAAAUUGAAAUUCUCGAUGUAAAUGCCUUGUGAAUGUUGUUUACGAUGAAACAUUUUAACAUCUCGCGAGAGAUAGUGAUUUUAUUUAUUCCAAAUAAAGAACAAAAAUAUAAACUAACAUUUAUAAUCAUUAUGUAUAUAAAUGCAUGAAAUCAUUGUUAAAGAGUUCUUAAACAACGUUGUGAUGUCGCUUCGUAAUGGUGCUCCCAUACUAGUGAACAAUUUAUCUAUCUUUAAGCCAAGUCCAUUGUGGGUAAGGCAGAGAGGUAGCGUCAAAAAAAGGUCUGGAGAUUCACACAGCCUCAUCCAGUCCCAUACUAAACAGAACUUGACAAGUACUGCUUAGUAUGAGUUUGCAUUAUUUAUUACUUUUUGUAAAUAUACAUUAAACCUAAUUAUUAAGGAGACACCUAGACAAAUAUAAACGAACAAAUUAACAAAUAUAAAUAUUUGUAUUACGUAUAAAUCGAAUGCCAUCGGAUGGGCCAUAAUACUAUUUUUAGUGAAUCUUCAGACCUCUUAAAUGUUCCAUCUGUUAAAUUCCAACUUUAUAGUUUAUUUUGUAAUUUAACUAGUUGCCAAUGAAGCUAUAUUUAGCUUUCGUUUCUCAGGCAGUAAUUUCAAAUCAAUAUAUUUUUAAUAAAUUGUAACAUUUUUUUAUGUGUAUUCUAUAUACAUUUGUAUAUUCAGUUUGGGAGCACCAUGAGACUAUACAGGGUGUAACAUAGUUUAUAACAAUCAAAACAAAACUAAUUUUUACCCAAGGAACAUGGGUAUAAAUUAAGUUCAAUUUAAAUAAUAUCAAGAGUUGAAGAAAAAUAGGAUCAGUGGAAGAAAUUUAAUAAUAAUAAAAUAACAUUAUAAGAACGCCCUUGAUUCUCAUAGAAAAAAAAAUACAGUCGAAAUAUAUUUUUUUAGAUAUAUUACGAGAUACCUAACCAAUUUCGUUGGUUCUUUUUGCAAUGGAAAGAGUUUAUUGCCUUAUUGAUGUCACGAUCAAAGUCGUUUCUUUUUUAAACAAAAUCUUAAAAUUUUUGAACCUAUUACACAUAUUGUCAAGUAUUUUAUUCAUCGAGAUUUACGAUUUGGGGUCCUCGCAAAUAUUACUUAGAUUUAUAAAUGAUACUGAUAAUUAAACUGAAAUACUUUCUGUUACACCCUGUAUAUAACUCUGUAUGCUGGCUACGAUUGAGGUACUACGUGGUCACAAGUGGACUGAAUAGGCUAAGAAUGUAUUUAAAAAAAAAAAAGGUUGUCAAAUAAUUUUGUUAUCUUCAAAUGUGUCUAGACUUUAACGAGUAUUCCAUUUUUAAAUAUCUCAAGUUAAUUACUUUUAAGUUUUGGCAAAGGGCUAGUGUUGUACAUUGGGCGUUUUUAUUUUUUAUCUUGCACGAUUUAUCGUGACCAAGAUAUUAUCAUGCAGUUCCAUGAUAUAUCGUGCAAUUGAACACUAAUAAUUUACCGUUAACGGCCACGAUAUUACCACAUUUUCAACCGACUUCAAAACUAGCUUAUCAAUUUGUGUAUAGUGUCACAGGUUUUUAUGCCUGAAAAAGCCUCUCUAAUAAUAAAAUACCUGUUUUCACAUUUCGAACGUAGAAAACAUUUCUAAAUUCUAAUCUCUAAUAACUCUCACUUAUAUCUAAACACAUUCUAAAUUUUGAUUUUUAAAUAACAAAAAAAAUAAGUUCAGAUUUGCAGAAAAUAUUGCUUAAAACAUGUUAAUAAAUAGGUUUAAAAUAAAAAUUAAACAUUCAGUGAAAAUCGAAACAUAUUCCAUUUUUAAAUCAACUGUAAAAAAAAUGCAUAUAAUUUCCUCUUAAAGUUAGGAAAUCUCCCUAGGAGGUGGGCAGAACUCUGCUUACCUCACACAUGUUUAAAAUUUGUGUAUAUACACACUGCAUUCCCUUAAUUGCCGUCACAUUCCUACAGGGAGCAUAAGUGUUCUACGAUAUCUCCGUAAACCAUGCAUGUACGCAGAGUUGUCACGACAAUCCUAUAGGAAAGCCUAAGUUUAGCACGGAAAGUUUACGGCGGUGCUAAAUAGCGUCUCCAUAAUAAUGCAUACAUUUUGCUCUCCCACUGUAUCGUGACGGUAAAAUCAUACGAUAUCGUGAAGCUCUAAGGAAAAAUAUAAAAACGCCCACUAUGCCAUUUCAAUUUGAAAAUGGAAUUCUUUGCCACUUGAUUCGACUAGGCCACUAGAUUAAUUCCAAAUACAAAAGGAAACCAUAUUCAACUCAAUGGUAUUGAACUGUGAGUUUAAUUUUAAAUAUCAAUAUUGAUCAGUCUUAAUAAUUGAGAGGUUUCGUAUAAAACCUUUUUCCUUGCUCUGUAAUUGUAUAGAAAAGAGCGUCGAAAGAGAAUGCUAAGUACCAUUUUUAACCUAAGGAAAUAAUGAAUAGUACAUAUUAUUUCCAUGUUUUAAAAUUAACAAUUGAAGUGUCUAUGGUACUUAUCAUUUAAGAAACGGCAAAGAAAAGAAAUAUGAAUGAAUCUGUAUAUAAUUAAUAGAAAUUAAUUUCAACUCUGACAUCAGACGGAUUCGUAGAGCUCAAUGGUUUUUUUUUUCUAUGGUCUACACCAUGAGGUUGAUAUCAAUGGGUAACUUUAUAUGAAAUUAAUUAUCGUAUCGAAACGUUAGUAUCUCUAAAUUUUGUCGGUUUUAAAUAAUGAAUGAGGGAUUUGUACAAAAGUCGAUUGCUUGAGUACCUCUGUCCCAUUCGUGUUUCAACCGUGAAGCAGUUGUUUGCAUGGCUGUGUUUCGGUUUGAAAGGUGGGAUAUGGCGUGAAUUUACUGGGUACAGACGGAAUAACACACGAGUCCUCAGGAAUGGGAACGCAGGUGGGAGGUAUCAUGGCAGAAACAGUAUACUGUUAUGUCCAUGGUACAGCUCAUGUCUAUAGGCGACGGUUACCACUUUCCAUCAGGUGGGCCGUCAGCUUGUUUUCUUUUCUAAGUUGUAUAAAAAAAAUAUAUAAAUCGGGAUAUUCCCGUAAUUGUCUAUUUCACCGAUAGAUUAUGCAAUUAAGUAAAUAUUGAACAGUAAUAGAAAAUACCUAGUCAAAUCUAGAAUCUACCUCGAGUCUAAAACAUUCACGAAGUAAACUCAUGCUUCCGACAAUUGGAGAAACAGCGUGUUUAAUUGUCAUCGAAAAUCCUUACUUCCUUAUACUAAUAUAAAUGUUAGUUUGUUUAUUACCUUAUAGCGACAUAACAGCUUCUUUUUUUUUUAUGCAACUUAGAAUGGCAAACAAGCUGACGGUCCACCUGAUGGAAAGUGGUAACCGUCGCCUAUAAACAUGAGCAGUACCACGGACAUAACAGAGUAUAGUGUUUCGCCCAUGAUACCCCCCAUGCGUUGCCAUUCCUGAGGACUCGGAUGUUAUUCCUCUGUACCCAGUAAAUUCACGCCAUAUCCCACCCUUCAAACCGUGCACCACAGCCAUGCAAACACAACUGCUUCACUAUAAAAUUUGCUAUACACGAAACUAUAUGGGAAUGAAGGAUAUAAGCUAUUUUUUAUCCCGUUCACGCGGAAAAUUAAAACUAGUAAUAAUUUUCGACAGCAAAUGUAAUUAUAUCAACCUAAUUGUCUACGACCCUCUUAAUAUUAUAUUAGGGGUAUUGGUGGAUAUAGGUUAGCUGAUAGCUUCAUUUUAUUCGUACAAAACAUGUUACUUAAUUGUAGUUCGUCUAAUUUCUGGUAUUCCAACUUAUUUCUUUAUCUCCUACGCUACGAGCAUCAUACGUUCAUGUUACCUCUGAUGGGAGAUAGUAUUCUAAAUAUUAUCAAAUUAUAUAUCAAAUAAAAAAAAAUCUAGUUGAAAUAAAUUUUUGUAAUAUA